AUGGUUAAAGAUUUUACGUCUUACUCCAUAUUUUGUGUCUUUCAGAUCUAUGAUACCGAGGGGACGUUACAGCACUUUAUUGAUGGGAAUGAUCCCAGUAAAUCCAGUUGGAUGAGGUAUAUCCGCUGUGCCAGACAUUGUGGAGAGCAGAACAUGAUGGUUGUCCAGUACAGGUCCUGCAUCUUCUACCGAGCAUGCGUGGACAUCCCCAGAGGAACCGAGCUGCUGGUCUGGUACAACGACUCCUACACCUCCUUCUUCGGCAUCCCACUGCAGUGCAUCGCCCAGGACGAAAACUUAAACGUCCCAGCUACCGUGGUGGAGGCCAUGACCCGGCAGGAGUCCCUACAGUCCUUCAGCAAAAACAGCAAACCUUCCUCCUCGUCUUCCUCCUCUUCCAAUCCCCCGGCCACCCUCAUGCGCUCCAUGGUCUUCCCACAUUCUCCCUGCUCCCGGAGCUUCUCGUUGCUGGACAAGGUCGGGAUGGGGGCUCAGUCGGACUCCAGUUUUGGCCAGUUGGGGUCAAAGAACCAGCGAGUGUUGGCGAGUCCGACUUCCACCAGCCAGCUGAGCAGCGAAUUCAGCGACUGGCAUCUGUGGAAGUGUGGGCAGUGCUUCAAGACCUUCACCCAGAGGAUCCUGCUGCAGAUGCACGUCUGUCCUCAGAACCCUGACAGACCGUACCAGUGUGGCCACUGCUCCCAGUCCUUCUCGCAGCCUUCGGAGCUGAGGAACCACGUGGUGACGCACUCCAGCGACCGACCCUUCAAAUGUGGAUACUGCGGCCGGGCGUUCGCCGGUGCCACAACGCUCAACAACCACAUCCGCACGCACACUGGAGAGAAGCCGUUCAAGUGUGAGCGUUGCGACCGCAGCUUCACGCAGGCCACGCAGCUCAGCCGCCACCAGCGACUUCCCAACGAGUGCAAACCUGUGAACGAGAGCAGCGAGUCCAUUGAGGUGGAUUAACCCCCGACUGUUUCCCGACUGCGGCCACAUCUGAAAAUGCCUCUGUCCUCGUCUGAAACCUGGUCACACCUUCAGUUUCAGCCUCUGCCCAAACCCCUUCAGACCCAUCACGCAGGAAGAAAGCAGCUCUGCUUCCAUGCAUUACAGAUUAGUUUUAUAAAACAUUUCAGCCAGUUAGAGAACAGCUUUCUGUAAAAAUUAUACAAUAAUUUAUUUUAAAAACAAAGAACAAAACUAUAAUCUAAAUUCUAAAAACACAGGUCUCUCUGUAAACUGUAAAUAAAGAAGAAUCUCAUCAACAUCUUUCAUCCCCAGUAGAUCACCAACAUGUCAGAGGAUGAAACGGAGACGAAUCACCAUGUG